AUGGGGCCACAUGAAGUUGACGUUGUCGGCAAGAGGGGAAAAGUUUUGAAUAUUUGGUAUUUCGUUGAACGAUACUGUUGUCAAAAUGGGUUAAAAUCUAUGGAUCAGCAUGGCCUACUACGGAAUGACCAUUACAGUGAUCGGAGGCAAGAAAUUCAUGAAAGGCAAACUGAUCAGUGGAGAAUGAUGAUUGUGUUCGGCGAUCGGUACCUGCUGAAGUUGGUGGAGUUCAUGGAGGAGCAAGCGGGUCCUCUAACCUCCACCUAUGUGCAACCGAGGUUAAAGGCGCUAACGAGGUUGAGAGCCUCCUUGUUGUUAUCUGAGUUCCCUGGCUCCUGCGCCAUUGGCCACGUCCGCUACUCCACCGCUGGCCACUCUAAGCUCGUGAACGUCCAACCCUUCGUCGCCGGCUACCGUUUCGGCUCCGUCGCAGUCGCGCACAAUGGAAACUUCGUGAACUACCGCUCCCUAAGCGCCAAACUGGAAGACAACAGGUCCAUCUUCAAUACGACCUUCGACACCGAGGUCGUGCUCCACCUGAUUGCCGCCUCCAAGCACAGACCUUUCCUCCUUAGAGUCGUGGAUGCCUGCGAGAAUCUGAAGGGGGCGUACUCCCUGGUGCUCCUCACGGAGGACAAGCUGGUGGCUGUGAAGGACCCCUUCAGAUUCCGACCUUUGGUGAUGGGAAGGAGAAAGAAUGGCGCUGUGGUUUUCGCCUCGGAGACAUGCGUGUUGGAUUUGAUCGAUGCGACGUAUGAGAGAGAGGUGAACCCGGGUGAGGUUGUGGUGGUGGACCACACGGGAAUCCAAUCCCUCUGCCUCGUGACUCAUCAGGAGCCAAAGCAUUGCAUAUUCAAGCACAUAUACUUCGCACUUCCCAACUCUGUUGUCUUCGGGAGGUCUGUGUAUGAGUCUAGGAGGAAAUUCGGGGAAAUAUUGGCCACUGAGAGCCCCGUUGAGUGCGACGUUGUGAUUGCGGUUCCCGAUUCUGGGGUGGUGGCUGCGCUUGGCUAUGCUGCAAAAGCUGGGGUUCCCUUUCAACAGGGGUUGAUAAGGUCGCACUAUGUGGGGAGGACUUAA